AUGACCAAGGACGAAUUCUACUCGCUGCCAGCCGUCUCAGUCAACCCGCUGCGGGACCAAUUGUUCAAGUCGCUGGAGCUGUCGCCAGCGCAGACGAUCACCUUCGCUGAGUUCGCCAAGUUCGUCCAGAUCUUUAGCUACAGCAGCCCUCAAGACGCCAAGCUCAAAGGUUUGGGCCCCAGCAGCAGCUUGUGCUCCAUCCUGACACACCAUGACAACCUGUCACCACUCGCAGAAGCGUUCAAGGUCCACGACUUCGACGGCGACGGCAAAAUCUCCCGCGACGACCUGCGCGCGUACUGCGCGCUCGUGUUCCCCAAGGUCCUGGACAGCGAGGGCGACUCCGCCGCGCAGGCUCAGCAGGAGGUGCUGGAGACGCUGAUCGAGCACGUCAUGAGCGAGGCCUCGUCGGCGCCGGGCAGAGACUUCCUCCUCUACGACGACUUUGUCAAGGUGAUCCAAUCGACGGACUUCGAGAGCCGGCUCAUCGACGCGCAGGUGCGCGGCGAAGACGGCGCCAUGCCCAUGGACAACACGGCGCUGCUGGCCGGCGCCAACUACGACAAGCUCACGACGCCCAACGGCGGGGACACGCCCGUGGCGGCGGGCCGCGCGUCGGCCGCGCCCUCGCAGCGGGCGGAGCAGCAGCAGCAGGACGCGUCUCCGGAGCAGGAGCAGGGCGAGGGCUACGACGACCUCAUGCACGGCAUCAACUCGUUCUGGGCCAUCGUGUUCCCCGUGUGCGUGACCAUGAUCGUGGCCAGCCUCGUGGUGGUCAACUACCGCAGCUCCAGCAUCGAGGCGUCCAUGUCCACGUACCUCGUGUACGGCAACUCGGGCUCGGACUCGAGCAGCAGCAGCGGCGGCGCGGGCAUCGGCGAGUCGCUCGUCAACGCGCUCGUGAUCAUCGGCGCCAUCGCCGUGCUGACCUUCGGCAUGGCGCUGCUGUACAAGUACAACUGCAUGAAGUUCCUGAGCGGCUACAUCAUGUUCGCGUCCACGGCUAUCCUGAGCUUCGUGGGUGGCCAGCUCGUGGACGAGAUCGUGAACGACCAGUUCGGCUGGGCCGUGGACUGGCCCUCGUUCCUCUUCGUCAUGAUCAACUUCGGCUUCGUGGGCGUCAUCUCCAUCUUCUACCAGAAGGGGACGCCCAAGUUCGUGCAGAACGGCUACCUCGUCAUGGUCAGCGUCAUCCUGGCCUGGGAGUUCUCCAUGUGGCCCGAGUGGACGACCAUCACGUUCUGCGUCAUGUUCGCGUGCUACGACCUGUGCGCCGUGCUCACGCCCUGCGGCCCGCUCAAGUACCUCAUUGGGCUCAUCCAAGAGAAGCAGGCGCCGCUGCCGGGUCUGCUGUACGAGGCCGACGUGCGCGACGGUGUCUCGCACGACCACCACAGGCAACAGCAGCAGCAGCAGCAACAACAACAGCAGCGCCAGCAGCAGCAGCAGCAGCAGCAGCGUCAACAACAACAGCAACAGCAGCCGCAGGAGCAGCCGCGUCGUCCCAAGAACGCGCCGACGGACGACGUCACUACUGCGCCGCGUCCGUCAUCGUCGACUACGUCGCAGUCGUCCAGCAACAGCAACCAGAACAGCAACGCCAACGCGUCCGUCACGAACAGCACCCGCAACUUGCCUCCUCAAGUGCCGGCGGCGGCUGAGCCUUCGACGGGCGCAGAGCGUGAAGACCGCACCGACUCGUCCCCGAUCCCGUUGAUGGCUUCUGGACGUCCACGCAACGUGGCCGAGUCGAGCUUCACCACGUACGAAUGCGAGACGAUGGAGGCCCUCGUCGACCUGUUGACUCAGUUCUACGAGACUUUCAGCCCAGAGGAUACGUGGAAGGCGCCCCAGGUGGCGGAGAAGUUCUUCGCCACGCAGGACCGCUUGUGGCUGCUGAUCUUCCACAAGUAUUAUGUCUGCUCGUGCUCCAUGGACAUGCCCUGCCCCGUGCAGGCGAGACGCGAGCGUCGCCAACGUCAACGCGAGGAGGAAGACGAGGACGACAAGACCAUCAAGCUGGGCCUGGGUGACUUCAUCUUCUACAGUGUGCUGGUCGGCCGUGCCGCCAUCAAGGACUUCUCGACGUUUGCUGUCACCUUCGUUUGCAUCGUGAUGGGUCUCGGUGGCACAUUGUUCCUGCUUGCUGUGUUACACAAGGCGUUGCCGGCGCUGCCUAUCUCGAUCUUUCUGGCCACGAUCUUCUACUUCCUGACCGAGUACAUCUUCAUCGAUUUCUGCAGUUUCAUGAUGACGUUCCCAGCCGCAGUGUAG